AUGGCUUCAAAGCUUUUACUGAGUCAACUCAGAACCUUGACCAACCUAACUUACCGUCGAUUCAUAAACCCGGAGUUCAUCUGUCCCUUGCGGCCUGAAUUGUUGAUAGGUUCAAGGACCUACUCAGAUGCUCCUCAUCUUCCUCCAGUUGAUCCCGUACCUUCGCCCAUUAUUGGCGAUAAUCCUCUCAGAAAGACGAAAAUUUCAAGCUCUUUGAAUCAAGCUGAACUUGCCAAAUUUUCUGCCAUUUCAGAGACCUGGUGGGAUGCAGAAGGGCCAUUUAAGCCAUUGCAUGCAAUGAAUCCUACAAGGCUGGCCUUUAUAAGGUCCACUUUAUGCCGCCAUUUUGGGAAGGAUCCAUAUUGUGCUAAGCCUUUUGAAGGGCUAAAAUUUUUGGAUGUUGGUUGUGGAGGGGGCAUUCUUUCUGAGCCUUUGGCUCGAAUGGGAGCUACAGUUACUGGAGUUGAUGCUGUUGACAAAAACAUAAAGAUCGCCCGCCUUCAUGCUGAUUUGGACCCAGUGACUUCUUCCAUUGAUUAUCUUUGCACAACAGCCGAGAAACUGGUCGAGGAAAAACGAAAAUUUGAUGCUGUUUUUGCUCUAGAGGUGAUUGAACAUGUUGCAGAUCCUGCUGAAUUCUGCAAGUCGUUGUCGGCAUUGACUGUCUCUAAUGGGGCCACUGUUGUUUCGACAAUUAAUCGUUCAAUCAGAGCUUAUGCAACAGCAAUUGUUGCAGCUGAGUACAUCUUGCAUUGGCUGCCUAAAGGCACGCAUGAUUGGUCAAGUUUUCUUACUCCGGAAGAGCUGGUUUUAAUUCUUCAACGGGCCUCCAUCUCUGUUCAAGAGAUUGCUGGGUUUGUGUACAACCCGUUGACGGGCAAGUGGUUUCUAUCGGAUGAUAUCGGCGUAAAUUUUAUUGCAUAUGGCGCCAAAAUUGAUGAAUGA